GCCUCUCAAACUUUCAAAGUGAUUACGGUGAAGAAACGUACUAUUAAUGAAAAAGAAGGUCACACGCCUCGGAUGUCAAAGCUUCCGGAUCUGAAAUCCACCCCAGUCUAUUGUCAGAGACUUGAAGUUGAACUGCCAGGCUCUCUUAAAAAAACACCCAAACCACCAGCUAGGAGUAAGCUUGCGUCAAGGUCAUUAUUUUCUCCCACUACAAAGAAAGAAACAGAUAGUCUUGCUGUGCCUCUCUCACCUUUAAGGAGCAAACAAGUACAUGAUAAAAAGAACGUGCAGAUUUCUCGUAAAGCAAAACUCAAACAUACAGUGUCAUUUCGUUCAUCAAAUCUUGUUGAACAGCUGCUGCCAUUUACAAAGGCUCUGGCCAAUGGUAGUAUCAGAAAGGCGUGUGCCUUACUUUUGAAUUCUGAUGAUAAAGCAGUGAAAGAAAGUGCACAAAAGGCAUUUCAAAUUGUGGUAGAUAGAGAGUGUAGUAGCUUUUCUAAGCAUGAUAUGGACAUUAACCUCAAGAAGACAGAAACCAGUGAUUUGGAGACUUUUGACUUGAAGAAACUUCAACAAGAUUUUGAAAUCCAUGCACCCUUUUUAUGGGCUUGUGCUUCUCAGGCAGGAACAUCACAACACAGCAAAUCAUUUGACUGUGUUAAAGUUUGUGCAGCUUUGUGUGUCCUGAUUCAGGGGAGAUCAAGAAUUUUGAAUUCUCUUCAACAUGCUGUAGCCAUAGCAAUGUAUAACAAUCAGUUGCAAAAAAAUGGAUUCUUAGUGUUAUCAAAAUUAGGAUUUUCUGUAUCGCAUGCAACAAUGAAUACAAAGUUGAAUCUUGCUAAAACACAAAAUGAGAAACUUAUGAAAACUUAUAAAGGAAGUUUGGAGAACUCUGUUGUAUGCAAGAGCAAUGUUGAUAGGAUUGUAGCUGAGCACACAUAUGCAACUGAAAGCUCAUCAACUAGUGGAGUGAAUGAACAUUCAUAUGCAAUGUACAAUGUAGAACCACAGGAAGACAGUGCACCUCUGGGUUACAGAUUCAAUCUUGAUAAUCUGGACUUUCAUAUCCAAGUUCGAGAAAUGACAAAAGAGCAUCAAAAUGUUUCUCGACAUUAUACACAAAUUAUGGCCUUGGUAGAUCGGGUAAACUGUGAACAUUUGUCAGAUGAGCCAGUUGGAGAUUUGUUGAAUGUGGACAACAGUGAAUUUUUUCCCACAGUGGAAGAUAACUACACCUUGAGAAAAGACAUGAUACAUGUUGUUUCAAACAUUCUUGUGGAAAAUCUACCAUCCUUUGAAGUGUUUAAGAACAUUUACCCUACACACUUCUCGCACAUUUAUUCCAACGAAAUGGCAAAGAAAUCAACAGUGUUCCUUUCUUUUUUUUGAUGUAGAAUCAGCAGUGUUUUAUUGCAGUACUUCUUGCAUUCAGUUAGUAACAUGCAGUCGAUUCCACUGGGCAUCUUGCUUAAGAAUGAAAAUAAAACCAAUGAUAUGAUUGAGAUCCUUGAGCACCUGCAACAGUAUGUCCCUGGAGCCAGAUCAGAUGCUGAAAUGGAACAUAUUCAUGAAAGAGAGGACAGAAAUCCCCAAAUGCGGGCAAUUCCAGUUGGAGGUGACCAACUAACUUGUGAGAGGAUAAGAGGUGCUCAUAUGGCCCGUCUUGAUGCUGAUAGCCAAGAGGAAAGAUUGGAGGGAUUGAUAACGAUGGUUGAAGACUUUCAUGAGAAGAUAAACUUUCUACAGGCAAUGAUGGAUAGAUUCUACAAAACAGCCAGUGCAAGAGAAGCAGGAACGUUAUACCAACUAAGAAAUACCAUCAAUAGGAGAAAUGUGGUCAAAAACGUGAGUGCCGAUUAUCAUGCUGUUGGAUCUUUCAUUGAUUUAGUGACAAGUGCACAUGUGAUUGCAGCAGCUUUGAAAGCAUUUGGCAUGUCAAAUAUUGAAGACCCAUGUCCAAAAAUCCCUAUGUUUACUGAUCAAGCUGAUGAAGGUUCAAGGAAGAGACUUUUGGAUAAAAUAGUUGGGGAUAUGGUGGACACGUUUUUCUUGAACAGCCUAGCAGUAACAGUGAAUAGAAUUGAGGGUAAUGAGAAUGGCAUUGAGGGGCCAGUUACUGAUGAUGGUGUGUAUAAUUAUGCAACAAAUGUAACCAAAUACGGACUUUUGAGAAAAAUUUCUGUUUUGGCCACCAGAAGCGGAGAUGGCAUUCGACAAAUAAGGCACUGGAAAUAUGCCCUGUUAGUGUAUGACCUAUCACACAAGAUAAAAUACAGACUUGAAUCAUUCCUUCUUUUAGCUGGUGUGAAUGCAGUCUUCACAGAAAAGCAAAGACAUCAGGUUAUUUGGAACCGUUUUGUAAAUUUGUCUGGUGGAAAGGAUAAAAAUCUAGAUGGCGAUUACGUGAUGGAGUUGCUCAACAAGUACGCAAAAGGCCGAGUUAAAUUACUAGGACCAAAUCAAACACCGGAAGUUGUAGACAGAAUAGGCAAAACCAUGAUGUUUUGUCAUAAUGUGAAUGAAAAGCUGGAAAGAGAAAUUGGUGUCCAUCCAGGAGGAACUGCUCAUGCACAAAGAGAUAAAACACAAGAUAUCAGAGCUGUUGUGAACCAGUUAAAAAAUGCGGACGUAUUUUCUGUUAUUAGUGGUAGGCGACAUAACUCUUUCAAUGAACAGUUUGACAUGUUCCACAAUGUAGAUUCACAAGUCCUUCAUAAGUGGUUAAAUGACAAGAAACUGGAGUAUUCAAAUGGAAAGUAUGCAUUUUAACUGACUUGAUACAUGUAAAUGUGCUGAACACUAGUGAAAAAUUGUGUAGAAUUAUUUUUUCACUUUAGAGUAAAAUUAGCUCUAAACAUGUUAACUCUGAGAAUUUUGCUUUGCUGUAAAAAUAUGUUCUUAUGAAAAAGAAUGGCUGUAUAUCCACAAUACAUUUUGUUCUUUUGUAUGGGUAAAUAAGUUUGCAUAUUUAAAUGCCUUGCUGAUGUUUGUUCUAAAAUUAUGUCCGGGUCUGGAGAUAAUAUAAAACUUGUACCAUACUCAUACUUAGCCAUGUUUGUUUUGAGUACACUUCCUGUAUACUUGAACAAAUUUGAGCAUGACUCCAUUUGAGUAUGAUUUUAUAAUUUUUUUUUAUAACUUUCACUUUUGAGUACGAUUUAGAGCACUGAGUUUGAGCUUGAGUAUGAAAAUGUGCUCCAAAAUGUUUUAUAACCUCCAGGCCAGAUCAAACUAUGUACGAACCCAAUAUAAGGAAUGUAAGCCUCUCAAACAAUACACAGACAUUUUUUGAUAAGAAUGUUUAUUGAGACAGUGCUUUGUGUCACAUGUAUGAAAAUGGGGUGUACAAUCAGGAAUAAUACCUGAAGUUAUGAAAAUCAUCAAUGUUACUUCUCUGUUUACUGUAUACAUAUAUAUCAGAGAUAAAGACCUUCUAAAGCACUUUGAAUCAACAUCUACUUGGACCCUUUACAUAUUAAUCUGGAAUAAAUGUAGACCAGUUAUUUCAUCAUCAUGUAUUAAAUGUUGGGGCCAGAUGAAAAUGAAACUAUGGUAAAUAAAUCAAUCAUCAAGUAUUUCAUCAAUAAUAUCCAUCACUGAUCUUGCAAGAUGUCUGUCAAAUAUGUACUCUGACAAUAAAUCGUCAACACUACC